AUGAUUCUUCUUGAGACUGGAAGCCGCAUCCUCGAGGAGGUGAUCCGCCAGAGGGUCCAAAGCGACAAGAGGGAGGCUGUUGAUAUCACGCUGGCCGACUUCGAUGGUGUGCAGUACCACAUUGCCACCAAUGCCACCCAGAGGAACCUCGUGACCGUGUCCAUUUCGUGGCCCUGCAUCAGCCAGAUGAAGCAGUUCGGCACCGACGCCAAGGUCCAGUCCUUCUACGGUCCCCUUGUCACCUCCGCCGAGACUGGUUACGACUACACCCUCCAGUUCGACCUUGAUAACCUCGCCGACAAGGACUCUCUGCCUGGCAAGAUCGCCCUUUUCAAGCGCACCGUGGUGGCUGCCCCCCUCGAGGCUGUGUUCGACGGCAAGCCUGGUCUGCCCCCUGUGAUCACCAUCAACUACCGCACCAACGAGGCCGUCUACCUGAAGAGGGAGGGCAACAACGUCGCUGUGAUCUUCUCGAUCAACUUCAAGGACAAGGACGACAUUGUCAUCGGCAAGGUGUUCCUCCAGGAGCUCGAGGCUGCCCGCAAGACCAUCAACAACGCCCCCGCCGUCACCUUCUCGCAGAGGGAGAGGCCGCUCGAGCUCAAGAGCGUCCAGAACGUCUACGAGGGCGAGGACCAGGGCUUCGUCACCUUCUUGCUGUUCGGCCCGCACACCCACGAGUCGAGGAGGGGCAAGACCAUCGACACCAUCCACCUCUUCCGUAACUACCUGCACUACCACAUCAAGUGCUCGAAGGCCUUCCUGCACACCCGCAUGAGGCUGCGCGUCGAGGAGCUCCUCCAGGUGCUCAACCGCGCCAAGAUCAAGAACGCGAACAAGGAGAUGAAGACCAUGUCCGGCAGGACCUUCAAGAGGGCCUAA